UGGUUCGGCUUCAGAUCCUGUCAAUUUAUUGUUAUUUAACUGAUUACAUAGAGAUUUUAUCUAUAAAAAUGUAAAUACUGACUGUUAUAACAAAGUAUUUGAAAUGAUGGAUGACUUAUUAAUAUAUUACCAAAAUAUUCUUCUGAUAUUCCAUCGGUUGAUUGUUAGAUAGCAAUUUUGAGCUAUCUUUAUUUCAUCUUAAUUUACAUUGUUGUCUAUUAUUUUGAGACAAAAUAAUAACAACAAGUUUCAAUACGGAAUAUGGAGACGUUUAUAGGUUUAGUUCGUCAGCUCCCGUGUUUGUGGGAUACAGAAUGCAAAGAAUACCGAGAUAUGAGAAAAAAAGAUAAUGCCUGGAAAAGAAUAGUCGAAGAGCUGAAACGCAAAGAUAUACCCGAUAUUAAAACUGCCAAAGCUGAAUGGAAGAAACUGCGGGAUAGUCAUAGAGAUUCAUUAAAAAGAGCUCGAGCCACUAGUGGGUCCGAUUCAGUGAUCAUCAACAAAUGGAAGUAUGCUGAAAUAAUGGAGUUCCUAUUACCAUAUAUGAAAACUAGAAAAAGAAGGAGAAAUCUGACAACAUCAAGUGAUGAAAACAAAGACUCAUCUCCAUCACCAUCAGACUCAUUCCUAGUUGUUCAACCGUCUACGUCAACUACAGACACCCUAAACUUUACCACAGUCAAUCAGACAGAAAAAAUUCUCAAUACACCUGAACCAAGUGAACACAAAUUUCGUAAGAGAAAAAUGGACAAUGAAAUAGGAGAGAUAAUGAUUGAUAUGGGUGAGAGAAACAAUGGCCGGUUCGGUGAGAGUGGGAAACACCCUUUAGACUCGUUCUUUGAAAGCAUGUGUGAAACAACUAAACAGUUUCCCACGUGGUUGCAAUAUAGUGUAAAAAGAAAAAUAUUCAAUGUCAUAUCUGAAGCAGAGGACACAUUUGAAACUUAUAAAUCUCGUGAAACAAUUUUUUAGGUUUUCUUCAUGAUACAUUUUGUUCCUUGAUGGCAUGUUGCAAAAAAUGCCAGCCUGCCACCAGCCUACUUUCUCAAGUUUCCCAUCAAUAACUGAGGUGAUUUGUCAACCACAUUUAUUACUCAUUUUCUUUUUAUUAAUUUGAUUAAUUUAUUUAAUCUCUCAAUUAUAUUUCAUGACAAGAGUUGAAUUAAGGGUAUUCCUCCUGGAAUGGGGAUAUUUUCACAUCAAGGCAGCUAACCUUCUAGAUGUAAAGGUGAAAUCCUGGCUGGUACUGGCUCAGGCUUUUGAGUAGACUUGGGAUGUUUUCAGUCGGCGAGAGCCCGACAUAUUAUUAUCUCCACACUGUGUCCUCAGCCUGGGUUGAAUUCAUUAGCAAUUGGACUCAGAAAAAAAAGAUUAACAGCAUGGCAGCAAUAUGAAAAUGGGUGAAUUGUAAAGUUCCUAGUAUAUAAUACUAUUGUUUAUUGAUUUUGCUCUCUGCAUUUUGGUUAGAAAGUUCAUUACUUC